AUGGCACUUGUUCAAUCCCACUACGGCAGCGAUGCCAUUCACACGCGGCUCAACGACGAUCCACCGUCAUCGGAAGAAAUUGAGCGCAGGCGUGGGGCGGGAUGUCUGCCGUAUUCCAACCGGCUUGUCCACCGCCUCGUCGUUUUGCCCGUCACACCACCAUCGAUAUAUGAGGGCGAAACCACACAGUCACCCGUAGAAACGCAAGGAACGCACAAUGAACGGCGGGCAAAUGAGCGGGACCGGCAGCGACGGGCGCGGUACGCUAGUCUUCUCCGGAGUCAUUAUGUCCCUCUUGUACCGUUCUCCACCUUCACCGAGCCCCAGGAAAGAUCCUUCAAACUCCCAACCAUUUCUAAAUAUCCAGCAGCGCGUAGACAACCGCAAUUUGCUCAAUCCGAAGAGGACUACAUGAUGUGUGGAGGGUUUUAUCCUGGGCCCGACCAGUACGAUCAUCGUGGGGGACCCAGGUUGGGCGUCAUGCAACAACAUACGGUGCAACUAGAGAGGGUGCAUUCGCGUCAUGUGGCGCCCCCACCGUCUCGUCUUAUUAACGCACCGGGCAAUGAAGACAUGCUCUUUCCAAUCUAA